AUGAUACUCGACAACCUUCCCUACAUCGCCGCUUUUCUACUCACCGCCAGCAUCCACAUGGCCUGGCCAUCAGUCCCCUAUGCCAUCCACCAGCAAUUCUGUCUUUUGGUCUCUAACAGAUCCUCAAUCGGCUUAGACGUUAUCAAGCUCCAUACAUUCGCCCUUAUCCUUCUGUUGUCCUCAUUAUCAUUCAGAACCACAUCUGCUGCUGCUAGUACUGCACCGCCUCCAUCACACCAAUUCAAUCAAACAUAUAAUUUCGACGACCUGCCCACAACCCACGGCCUCGGCCCCAUAGCAUCCUACAACCUUUUAACCUUCACCGGCUUCUCCGUGCUGGCCCCCAAAGACCCAAACCUCCCCUACAUCCUCCCCUCAGAUCGAAACUGCGCAACUUCUCUUCCAAAUGCGCUGCUGGGAUCGAGAUAUGGUCCGCAAUUACUCCGGCCAACGAUGGCGAUCAAUGCCACUGCGGCGAGGCUGGAGGGAGUUCAUGCCUACUUUGAGCUGCUUUCGGUGUACAUCAAGCCGCUCGCGAUGCCGGUUGACCCUGUGCCGGUGAUCGCUAAUGUGACGAUUAGGGGGUGGGGCGCUGGUGGUGAUGAUGAUGCGGAAGCUGAAGCAAAGGGCGAUCCGCUUGUGUUUUGGUUAGAAUGGACGAGUGGAUAUACGGAGCCUUUACUGGUUGAUUUUAGCAGGAAGCGAUUUACGAAGGAAAAGUGGAAAGGGCUGGAAUUGCUUGACUUUGCGGUUGAUUUUGGACCGGAUCAGCUUGAUUGGGAGUUCUGCCUGGAUGAUCUCACUGUCGGUUUUACGCGCUGUGGGGGAGAGAUGUGCGAGGACAGCGGAGAGUCUGAGAAGGGGAGCCGGGCAGAAGGCAUCGAAAGGGGGAAUUAUGAUCUGUGA